AUGGCUUCCCAAAAGCUCGACGCGCUCAAAACCACUGUUUCUAACCUCCACGAAGUCCCGUAUUGCACUGGCGCUGUUCCUCUGGUCGGAGUGACCUCUACUCUCUUCUACCAGUCGGAAGAUCAGAAAGCGCGGGUCAUUGACUUCGCGAGCGUUACUGACGACCAGCUCGAGGCGCUCACCAAUGCGUGUGACCAGCUACGUUCGGCCGCGACAAGGAGGACGUUUUGGACCAGUCGUAUCGGAAGGCGGGAAAGAUGGAUGUUGGAAAAUUUGCGACGCAUAUCGAGCCUUUCGGGAUGGGAAUUAUCGACACAAUUCGCGACUCCUUGCUUCAUGGACGCAGUGAGGAGGGGGCUGUUCGUGUCGAGCUCUAUAAGCUCAAUGUGUAUGGUCCUGGCGCAUUCUUCAAGGCUCAUGUCGACACCCCACGCAGUGAGGAUAUGUUUGGAUCCCUUGUGA